GGUUAUUCAAUUCAUGUUAGUGGAUUUUUAACUGAUGUUUGUGGUCGACUUAUGCUUCCUGAUAAAAUACAACCAUCAGAUGAGCUUUUUAGAGAAGCCUGUGUCAUUACAUAUCUCAGCAAAAAUGAAGAUAGAUGGUGGAAGUCUGAGAACUUGAUUAACCCAGAUAAUCAACCACACUAUUUCCAUAUUUGA